UAUGUCCGGAAACCACAAAGCAGGAAUUAAAUAUCCUUCGGAAUAUGUUAAGCUCAAUAUCGGCGGUUCUCUACAUUACACUACUUUAGGGACACUCCAAAAACAUGACACUAUGUUACGUGCUAUGUUCAGUGGUCGCAUGGAAAUUCUUACAGAUCCCGAAGGGUGGAUAUUAAUAGACAGGUGCGGGAAACAUUUUGGAACAAUCUUGAAUUUUUUAAGGGACGGUUCAGUUCCAUUACCAGAAAGCACUAAAGAAAUGGCAGAAUUACUUGCAGAAGCAAAAUAUUAUUGCAUUAGCGAAUUAGCUAAAUCUUGUGAACAAGCGCUUCUUCGAAAGGAGAGAGAAGCAGAACCUAUUUGUAGAAUUCCACUUAUUACUUCUCAAAAAGAAGAACAAUUAUUAAUUAGCAGUACUACUAAACCAGUAGUAAAGUUGCUUGUUAAUAGGCACAAUAACAAAUAUUCAUAUACAAGUACAUCAGAUGACAAUCUCUUAAAAAACAUAGAAUUAUUCGACAAAAUGUCCCUUAGAUUUGGUCGUAGAGUACUAUUUAUUAAAGAUGUAAUUGGCUCCAGUGAAAUUUGCUGUUGGACAUUUUAUGGUCAUGGUCGCAAAGUUGCAGAAGUUUGUUGCCACUCAAUUGUCUAUACAACUGACAAAAAACACACAAAGGUUGAGUUUCCAGAGGCCAGAAUUUAUGAAGAAACAUUAAAUAUUUUGUUAUAUGAACAUCGAAAUGGUCCUGAUCAAGAGUUAAUGCAAGCAACGUCAUCGCGCGGUGCAGUCAGUGGUGCACCACCUUGUACGUCAGAUGAAGAAGAGGGUGAGCGUUCAGGCUUGGCUCGCCUUCGCUCCAACAAACAAAACACCAACUGACCCAACCUUACCCCUUCUACCCCUCCUAAUCCAGCGACCCUUAACGUCGUUCGAGUCCUCGCUCUUAAAACGCGAGCCAAUUCGAAGUAAGAUGUGUGAAAACGGGAACUAAGCAAAAUUUUAUAUAACAUGCAUACAUAUAUAGACAUCUACGCAUGUACACUUAUAUAUAUAUGUAUGUAUUCUCUCGUACAAAAUUGAACGAUCAAUAUGGUUAGACUUGAUGAUUAGUUGUACCACUAAGUUUACAGUCUUACACUUUCUUAUAAUCAAUAUUUAUACAUCCUAAUUAUUUCACAUAUCUGGGAUCAUUUAUAGAACAGAAUGACAAAUUCGUCUUAGAUUUAUUUAUACAUUUAUUAUAUCGUAAGAUGUAGAAAUAUGUGAAAAUGUGAUAUGAAUACGUUUUCGUAUUUCUUAUUUUCAGAUCAUAAAUUUUUAAAAGAACAUAAAUGCGAGUACUGUUUAUGUGCCAAAUAUUCAUGUUAGAAGUGAAACAAGAAUAAGUCGAAGUUGCCAUUCUGUGAUCAAUGGAAUUAUUUACUCUUAUACUCUAUAACAACUUUUAAGCAGUUAUUUAGAGUACUAAAUUAUAUAAUAAAGUUGCACAACAUAGGAUUGCAUUGUUACCUGUUAUAAGUAUUAUUAUUACUAUAUAAUUAUAUUAUUACUAUUAUGGUUAUUACAAUUAUAUUAUGAUGAUGAUUAUUAUUAUUAUUAUUAUUAUCAUAGCUAUAAACUCGACGUGUUUAUAUUUUUUUUUUACAGAAUAAAAUUCUAUGUGUCAAUAAAUUAAUAAAAUAAAAGAUGUGCUUAUAUGUACUUGCAUUUUUCGACUUAAGUUCUACUAAACUGCUUAAAGGAUGGUGCGGAGUGAACACUGCCAGUAAAAUAAUUUUAAUGGAGUAUAUAAAUUAGCCUGGUAUAAUUUAAAAAUCAAUUCAAAUUAUAAUUGGUUCUUCGAUCUUAGAGUUACAAAUGUUGGUCCUUCACUAUGAACAAGACAAAGACUUUUAUAAGCACGUAAGCUUUGUGUUAAUUUUUAUAUAUCAUUCCAAAAUGUGGUACAUUUUUCUCAUAUUAAUGCUUUUAUUUUGCUUACACGCUUUCACUUAUAAAAACAAAUGUGUUAUGAUUCAACGAAUACUGCAAAUUAAUAUCACAUAUUCUUUUUAACAUGAUGCAAACUCCCAUAUUUAAUGAAGGGACCAUAUGUAUUCCUAUCUCGUACCUACAGUUAUUUUGCUGAGGAAAGUAUAUGAAAAUCAUUUAUUAGUUCUUGAAUUAUUAAAUUCUUGAAUCGAAAUCUCAUUUUAUUCUCCCGAAUACAAGACGAUAUAUCUAAUAUAUUACAGUAAUAUAAAUAUAACAAAAUUUUGCAACAAAAAACAAUUUAAGUUCCUAUAAUUUUAUGUAAGAAAAAUACCGGUAUUAUAACUAGCGAAUGUGGUUCAUAUUUCGUAUUUAUUAUAAAUCUCUAUAGUUAAUAAAAUUAUGUAACAUGUAAAUUAAGGUAAAUGCAAUAUAUAUUAUAUUAAUCAAAACAUUAUUGCUGCUUGAAUUUUUCAACCUCACAGUAGAGCACAUUUAAUGGCCUCCUUUGGCAGGUAAAACAGACACAAGCUAUAACAUUUCUUCAAAUUACAUAUUCUCAUAUAUAAAAUGAAUAGAAUUAAUUAUUCUUAAAAAUAAAUUUAAAAUUGUACUGAUUAUUUAUCUUUUCUUUCAGGAAACUAGUACGUCCCAUCAAAAUACAUAGGGUAGCCAUGGUCCGCUUAUUAAAUCAGCGAAAUUCUUAAUUUAGCCACAUUGUACAAACCAGCACCGUUUAUUAGUUAAAAUAUAUAAAAAGUUUUGUGUGUGUCUUGUAUCCGGGUGAAUUGAUUACCUAUUAAAAUUCUCAACAUACAUAAGCAUAUACAUAAUUAUAUAAUUCAAUUUAUUUGGGAAUUUAAAAAUUCAUCUAAAUACCGCUCAAACAAGAAAAUACUUUCUUAUUCGCACUCCUUGUCUAGGCUUCACAUUUACUUAUAUUUUUAAAUUUACAUAUUGAGAAUGUAUACACAAUUUCACAGAUGAGUUUGCAAACUUGACAAAAUGUAUUAACGGUAUAAUAUUAAAUAGUAACAUCAUAAAAGGAACAAUAUUAAAUUCUAUCUACUAGAUGUAUAAAUACCCCUAGUAUAAGUACAUGCACAUGUAAAUACUAUUAUUGUUACAAAAGACUAGAAAUGAUAUUAUACUUGAUAAUAUUUUAUGAAAAAUGGAUUAAACUAUAACUUUUAUAUAGGUUUAAGUUUAUGUGACAUUAAGUAUAAUAAUAUUCAUGUUUCAAUAAAUUAUUCGUGCAUCCUUCUAUAUA